CAGAUCUUUGUGCGCAUAUACUUACAGAAUGAUGUGGGUUUUCUUUGUUAAGUCUGUUAAGAUGGUGGAUUAAUCUUACUGGUUUUCACAUGUUGAGCCAGGCUGGCAUCCGAGGAUAAACCGUACUUGCUUGUGACGUGUUAUCCUCUUCAGAUAUGGUUGGCUUUUGUUGACCAAUAUCGUGGUGAGGUUUUUUGCAUCAAUGUUCCUGAGGGAUAUUGGUCCGUAGCUCUGUUACCUUGUACUGCCUUCGUCUGAUUUGAGUUUGGAGUAAUGCUCACCUCAUACAACUGCUGCAAAGUGUUUCCUCCUCUUCUAUUUUCUGGAAGCGAUUGUGUGAAAUUGUAUUAUUUCUUCCCAUAAAUGUUUAGUAGUAUACGCCAGUGAGGCCACUGUGGCCAGGCGUUUUCUCUGUUGGAAAGCUGUUUUAACUACAAAUUCAACGCCUUUAAUAUUUUUAAAGAAUAUUCAGAUCACUUCCUAAGUGAGUUUUGGUGGUCUCUCAAGAGUUGCUCCAUUCGAGUCGUCAAAAUUAUGGUGCAGAAUUGUUUGUAAUAUUCCCUUAUUAUCCUAUUAAUGUCUGCGGGGUUUGUAGUGAUGUCCUUUCAUUCAUUCCAAAAAUUGGCAAAUUGUGUCUUCUCUUUUUUCCAGGAUUACUAUGCCUAGAGGUUUGUCAAUUUUAUUGGCCUUUUUAAAACAGUCAGCUCUGGGUUUCCAUUGUGUUUCUGUCUUCUGCCUUCAGGGUCACAGGUGUCUGCACUUUAUUAUGCUUGCUUUGAGAUGAGUUUGUGCUUCUUUUUCUUGGGUAUUAAAAUGGAAACUUUGGUUAGUGGUUAGAAACCACUUUUUUUUUUAAUACGAGCAGUUGCUGGCCUUACUUUCCUUCUAAACACUGUUUGAGCUGCAUCCCACAAGGUUAGUGUGCUGCAUUUUCAUUUUCAUUCGGUUCUAAAUAUUUUCCCAUUUUUUUUGAGUUCCUCUUUGCCCCGUGGAUUAUUUAGAAGCGUGGUUUUAGUUCUCAAAUAGUUGAAGAUUUUCUAGAUGUCUUCCCAGUAAUAGCUUUUAACUUCAAUUCCAUUAGGGCCAGAAAAGAAAUGAUAUGUGAUACUGAUUAAACUUGUUAAGCUUUGUUUUAUACCCAAGGAUAAAGACCGUCUUGGCCAAUAUUCCAUGUACGCUUAGAGAAAGCGUAUUUUACUGUUGGUAAGUGUUCUCUGUGUGCCAGCAGGUCGGGCUGGUUGAUGGCACCGUCACGGCUCUCGACACCCUUGCUGAUCGGCCAUCUCUUUGCUCUAUGAACCACCAAGAGGGGUCUUAAAGCCCCUGACUGCAACUGUCGGUUUAUCCGUCUGUCCUUUCAUUCCUGUCAGUUUUUGCUUUAUGUGUUUGAAGCCCGGCGGUCUUGCGCGCACACAUUUAGGAUAACGUCCUCUUGAUGAAUCGACCUUGGUAUCUUUAUGUAGUGUUUCUUUAUCCCUGGUAACCUCCUCGUUCAGAAGUCUCUGGUAUAGUUUUCUGCUCUGUCUUGCACCGUAUAGCCACCGCGGAAGACAGUGCUGCUUCCCCCUGUUCCCAAAGACGUCCAACCUCCAGUCCCUGGUACCUGUGGAUAUGACCCCUUACAUGGCGAAAGGUGAUUGCCAGAGGUGACUAAAUGAAGUAUCUUGAGAUGGGAACAUUAUGCCAGCUAAUUUGGGCGAGCCCAGUGUAUUCACAAGGCUUCUUGUAAGGAAGGCAAAAGGGUCCGAGUCAGAGGUAGGUAAUGUGCUGACGGAGGCUGGAGAGAUGGAAGGAAGGGGCUGCGAGACAAGUCCUGCAGGGACUCUGGAAGCUGGAAAAGGCAGGGAGACAGAUGAUCCUGGCAGAGAAACUAAGAGCAGCCAGCCCUGCUGACACCUUGACGUUAGCCCAGGGAGGCUGACUUUGUACUUGUGACCUCCAGAACAGGAAGACAGCAAAUCUGUGUUGUUUAAAGGCCCUAAGUUCAUGGCAAUUAGUUACAGCAGCAACAGGAAACCGACGCAACCACAAAAGCUUUCUUUUGAUUAAUGUUUGCAUAAUACAUUCUUUCAUCCUUUUACUUUUAUCCUUUUUUUAAACUUUUUUUUUACUUGAGUUAUAGUCUUUUUAUAAUGCUGUGUCAAAUUGACAUCACUGUAUUACAGCGAUCCUCGUGUGGACUGCGGAGUUGGGUCCUGUCAAUCCAGUCUUACAAUCUCUGCCAUUUAAUUGAGCUUUCACCAUUCAUACUUAAUGUAAUUACUGGCAAGGCUGUAUUUAGGUUUGCCCUUUUACUAUUUCUCUUUCAUGCCCCCUGUUGCUUGCUCUUCCAGUUUUGCUUCCAUGCCUUAUUUUGGCUUUUUGGAGUAUUUUUUAGUAUUCCAUUUCAUCUACUGGUGCUGUAACUUUUUGUGUGUUAUUUUUUAAGUGGCUGCUGCAGGCAUUACAAUAUACACACCUAAUUUCACAGAGUUAAUAUUUUGCCUCUUCCAGACAAACGUGGAAACCUCAUCACCAUGCAGGUCCUUUCACCCUCCUCUCCCCGCGCUUCACGUUGUGGCUGUUGUAUGCAUUCCACUUACACACUUAAAAACCCCACCAGACAUUGUUAGUUUUGCUUUCAACAGCCAUGCAUCCUUUAAAGAGGUUAAGAGGUCAAAAAUGUGCUACUUUGUUGACCUAGGUAUCGGCCACUUUUUACUGCCUUUAUUGUUGAGUUUCCAAGUUUCCCUCUAGAAUUAUUUCCUUUCUGCCUGAAGAACGUACCUCACCAUUUCUUUUAGAGCAGGUCUGCAGGCAACAAAUUCUCUGUAUUCCUUCCUCUAAGAAUGAUUAUUUUGCUUUCGUUUCUGAAUAAUACGUCCAGAAGAGUUCCAGGUUGGCUCUUCUUGUCUCUCAGAACUACAAAUCUCCCAAGCACAGCGGUCUCUGACGUGAAAUCUGUGCUUACUCAAAUUGUUUUUCCUCUGUAUGUAACGUGGCACUUUUCUCUGGAUGUUUUCAGUUUUUUCCCUGUGGUUUGAUUAUGAUGGUGAUGUGUGUGAGCAUGUUUUAAAGCUUAUCCUAUUUUUCAUUUGCUGAGCAUGUUGGACGUGUAAUUUUAUGACUUUCAACAAAUCUGUAAAAUGGUCAGCUAUUUAUUUCCCCCCAAAAUUUUUUUCUUCAUUGAUACUCUCCUUUUGCUGGGAGAUAAAUAACAUAAGUUGUCUCACAGAGCCUGUGUUCAUUUUUUAAAAUCUUUUUCCCCUCCAGCCUGUGCUCUCACACAAUACCUGGACAAAGAACUCAGUAUGAGACGAGAGUCCUGCCCAGGGGUAGGAAGGGGCACUGAGAAAGCAGAAAUAGCUCAGAGGUUUUGAAGAAGGGCGACGAAAAAAGAUGAAUUAUAGAAGCAAGGAAGUCAGUGAAAGGAAGUGCUCGGGGGAAGAAACGCUGCAGCCCGGGGCCAGGGGCAGGGCUGCCCGCUCCUCCCGGAUGGGCGUCAGUCUGCCAGGCCCCCCGCCCCCUCUCCUGGGGCCGUCCUCCUGUGACGGCCCGUUGGCUGCUCCAGGCAAGCACGGCAGAGAGGGGCAGCGCCUUCAGUUCCUCCCUCUCCUGCACUUCACAUCCAAACACCAAACCCACACACUGUGCCCGGUGAACCCCCUGGGUUUUUUUUUGAGUAAAGGUAGAUGUUUAUUUAGAGAGAUACACACUGCAGAGAGUGUAAGGAAAGAGAAAGGCAAGGAAAGAGGUGUGGGGGUUGGGUACUCAGGUUAAAGUAAAAGUAGGUACACGCUCCAUAGACAGGGCGUGUCUCCGAAGGGGCAGGGGUGAAAAGGGAGGCUGUGAGCCCUUCUUAACAGUGUCCCUGAUCCAUCACACGACUCCAGGUGUCCUGUCCAUGUCAUCCCACCAGCCUCUGUCCUGGUGCUCCAGUCCAGGCCCCACUCCUGACUCCAGCUCAUUCCUCUCACCACCGCCAAAGGACAACCUAUAACCCCAUCUGGUCUGAACCUGCCCUGCUCGAAACCCUUCCAACAGUUUCCACCUUCAAAACCAAGUCGAGGUGCCCCAGCUGAUGCUCAAGGCUGUGAAGGACCAGGCCUGAGCUACACUCGCCAGCCCCAGCAAACACAGCUCUCCCUCCACAAUCAAACUCGCCACAGUCAACCACAUCUGCCCCAGACACACGCGUACACAGAGCUGCUUAACAAGUCUGUGCCUUCUCUCGGCCAGUCUGAGUGGCGCCAGCUCCCCCCGACCUGCCAGCCCAAGAAGCCUUCCUUCUCCAUUCUACUACAAAUACAUUUUGCGUUCCAGGUUUGUGUAAGGGUUACACGAGGCAACCACGUGAACGCCCUAAAAUACUGACCCACACACCAGCCGGGAUGGAAAUUAACACUGGAGCUUCACCAUUGAUAGAGUUAGUUACCAGGAGAGCCCUCCCGCAUUACAUUUGCUACGUGGGGUAGUCUUCUCAAAAUAGAAAAAUGUUCGUAUUCUCUGCUGCUUAAAAUCUUCCCAGUGCUUUAAAGAUAAAAGCCAACAUUCUUACACGUGCUCGAGGUCCUGUGCAAUGAGGCUCCGGCCUUCUGAUGGCUGUCAGUCCUGAGCCCAGCUCAGGAUCUUUCUGAGCAAGGAUGCCUCCGCCAGCACAAGCCCCCAGGCCAACCGCUGUUCACCCUACCGCCAGAAGGGGCCCUCACAACCAGGACCAAGGUUUCACGGCAUCUACCUGUUAAUGAAUCUCACUGUCCUUUGUUUUCUUUUUUCCUUCCAACUUGUAACAGUCUUGAACUGUUUGCCAUGCAAAUGUUUGUAACUUCUGUUCAUGAAUCCGGGCCCCAUGAGUUCAGGGAAGGAACGUCAGCCCCAACAAUGCGCCUCCAGCGGCUGGCCCCAUGAUCGAACACGGUCAUUGCUCAACAAACAUUGACUGACUGGACUACUGAUGAAAGAAAGGAAUCAGGUCUGCACUUACAGAAGUGCAGGAAAGGGAAGUGACUUGCCCAGGUCACACCGCCUACAUAGGUGGCAGAGGAAGAACUGGACAGGUACUGGGCCAGCUCCUGGGCCCCGCGUCUCUUCCUGCCCUGCCCUGGGCCGUUAAAUCACUCUCUGCGUUUGCGUUUGGCAUGAGGUGGAGGCAGGGCAGGCAGGCAGAGUGUGCAGGGAUCUAGUGAGCCUCAGAUCUGACCCGGAAGGUUCCCGGAGAAUGCUGUUCUCAGCACCCCCUUCAGGGAGAGCGCUGUGGGGCUGAGGAGGAACCUGUGACGUGUGACCCGGCCACGCCCUGUGCAUCUGUCUGUCCUGCUGGCUCUGUGGACUGUGUAUGUCAUCUGCACGGCUGGGGACCAUGGGCGGUGGCGCCACUUUACCAACAAUCACUGCCCUUCUCAGCCUCGGGCUGUAUUGGGAACUGUGGGGUCACGUACAGGCAGGUGUCCUCCCCAAACCCUCCAUCUGGGCUGACCCAGGCCCCACGGUCACCAAGGGGAGCCCUGUGACCAUCUGGUGUAAGGGGUCUCAGUGGGCUGAUGUCUACAGUCUGUAUAAAAGGGGUGCCUCUAGACUCCGGGAGACUAAGACCCCACAGGACUCCAGCAACACGGCCAGUUUCUUCUUUAAACGCUCGAGCUCAGACACGGCAGGGCUGUAUCAGUGUGCAUAUCGCAGGGGGACCCGCUGGUCAGAGUGGAGCGACCCCCUGCCCCUGGCGGUGACAGGCAUGUACAGGGAGCCCUCCCUCUUGGCCCGGCUGGGCUCACUGGUGCUCUGGGGAGAGAACCUGGCCCUCCAGUGUCACUCAGAGGCCAGCUUUGACAGAUUCGCUCUGACCAAGGACAAGGGGCUCAUAACUCCCCUCCGUCUUGAGGGGCAGCGCAGCCCUGACUUCCCCCUGGGUCGUGUGAAUCACAGCCAUGGAGGUUCGUACAGAUGCUACAGUGGACGUUACCAUUCCUACACAUGGUCGGCCCCCAGCACCCCCCUGGACAUCCUGAUCACAGGAAUGUACAAGAAACCCUCCCUCUCAGCCCAUCCAGGGGCCUCGGUGCCCUGGGGAGGGAACGUGACCCUGCAGUGCGGCUCUGAGACCUGGUCGGAUACCUUCCUUCUGUUCCGGGAGGGGUCACUGUCUCCUCCCCAGCACCUUCGUCUGCAGGACACAGCUGCACCCUUUCAGGUCAACUUCACCUUGAGUCCUGUGACCUCAGCCAACAAUGGGACCUACAGGUGCUACAGCUCACACAGCACCUCCCCCUACCUGCUGUCACAGCCCAGCGACCCCCUGGAACUCUUGAUCUCAGGAGGCUCUGAGGACCGGCUCCCCCCAACUGCAGAGUCAGGCCCACAGAGAGGUCUCAAAUUGUACCUGAAUGUUCUGAUCGGGGUCUCGGUGGCCUUCAUCCUGCUGCUCCUCCUCCUCAUCUUCCUCCUCAUCCGACAUCAGCGUCAGGACAGAUGCAUGAAGUCGGUGGCUGCAACAUCAGUGCCCAAGGACAGAGGCCGGCAGAAGAGCUCCAGCCCAGCUCCCGAUGUCCAGGAGGAGAACUUGUAUGCUGUCGUGAAAGACACAGAGCCGGAGGACAGCAGACAGCUGGACAGUCAGGCUGCCGCACCUGAAGCCCCCCAGGAUGUGACCUACGCCCAGCUGAACCACUCAACCCUCAGACAGGAGACGACUGCAGCCCCUCUCUCCCAGUCGGGGGAGCCCCCCGCAGAGCCCAGCGUGUACGCCACACUCGCCAUCCACUAGCCCAGGGGACCCAGACGCCCCACUGCCACCCUGCGCUCCAGGGACUGGAUCUGCAGGUGCCGGCCUGUCGUGAACCGCUAGGAGCUUCUGCAGGUCAGCUGCUUCCAGGAACAUCCCAGGUAUCACGCAGCACUGAUCUGCGGUCCCUGGUCCCUACCAAAAACACCCAGCUGACUGCAGACCCAGUGGAGCUGCUAUCAAGACCCUGGAGCGAAGCGAGGGCCUACUAUCCAGCACCAGGAGGCUGUGAGGACAUGGAUUCUGCAGGCUUCACAGCCACUUAGCAAAGGACCCCGAGCCCUCACUGUGCAGCUCGCCACUCAGCUAACAUCAGAGCCCCAGGAAGGGGACUAGUGCCCAGUCACUGAGAGGUUGCUUAAUGCUCAAGUGUUUCUCACUUCCUGAGACAAGCCCCUUCCUUCCUGAAGCAGCUUCUCAAGGCUGAGAGGAGGGAAGCCUGCCUCCCUUGUGACCAUGAAUGUCUCCAGAAACUCCCCUCGCAGGGGGAGGGGAGCAGGGUUCCCCUACUUGCUCUACCUGGAAAUGACUCCUCCUCACCCCCACAAGCAAUUUCCUGUGGUUUUGUCUGAAAGAACUUUCCCAGCACUGUUCCGUCCCCCACGGUGAUAAUGAAGUGGUGUGUAGAGGUGUUUGUUAUGACAUGGGGUUGGGGGAGGCCCACCAUCCGUCCUGCAGGUGGUCCCAAGUAACUGAACAAGGGUACUGGGCCCUCUCUGCACACCGGCAGCAGCACCACAGAAAACAGCUCAAGGAACCAGCCCACGUGUCCCCCUGCAGGAGGGUGUACAUUUGGAGGAGGGAGAGGCACAGCAAUAAACACCAGUUCUCAAGU